AUGGCACACUGCGGCAUUGCCCACACGGAGAUUCUGAGACGGUUGAUGCUCAUGCUGUCCGAAUGGCCAGACGACACGCGAGUAUCAUUGUCCAUCGGCCUCGAUGAUAAACGCUACAGACAAUCGAAAAACCCCAAGCUUCACCAUUUCAAUGUGGUGAAUCCUCAACUCCUUCCGAUCAUGCCGUGCGUCCGUAGCUUGAGGUUCUCGUUCUGUUACCAACCCCGGUCUCCGAGACGGAAUGUCGAGGGCGACUUCCUCCUCAUGCAAAAGUUUCCCAACUUGGAGUCUUUCCACCUCGACGCUCCGGAGUUUCCCUUCUUUAUCAAACCGCGACGAGAAAUUCGAAAGUCUUUGAUCAACACCCUGUCAUAUCAGUUCCCGACAUCGGCGAGGCACGGAAAGCUUAUCAUCCUGCCCAAUAAAUACGGUCCCUUUCAGCAGCUACCGCAGAUGAUCAAAGACGGGAAGAGCGAUCCUCUCUUCUCGCCACCCCCUAGUCUGGACGAUGCAGUCCCUUAUUGGCAGAACAUGACCAAGCUCAAGGUUGAUUGCGACAUGGUUUCGCCCAGCGGGGAGCGGUACCUGAAGCACUAUAACACGCGCCUUCUCGACCUUCUGCGCAGCGCCGGCAGGAUGGCGCCAGGCCUACUCCGGGAAGGAGAUGCUGAGGAGCCGGUGUGGAAAGCUGAUGUUUCGGAACUCGUCAGGCGCAGAAACAUCGAACGUUCCUAUUUAGAGAAUGACUCCCAAGACAGGCAGUAG